AUGGGUGCGCAAGCGGUAGGGGUGAGUGAGUGUGAGAGUGGGACGGGUUCUGAGAUGUCUGGUAAGGCAAGGAUGGGUGGACAAGAGUUGAGGGUGGAUGGGAGUGGGGGGUGUGCAGGUGUUGGGAUGGGUCUUGAUACACAAAAGGGGUGGCAGUUGGAGGAGGAGGAGGAGGAGGAGGAGGAGGAGGAGGAGGAGGAGGAGGAGGAGGAGGAGGAGGAGGAGGAGGAGGAGGAAGAGGAGGAGGAGGGAGGAGGGGGGUACUCUGUCAGAAAGGUCUGCAAGAAAAGCCUUUCUCCUUCCGGCUUUUCUGAUGGGGAGAUGGAAAAAGAGGGGGAUAGGGAGGAGGGGAAAGAGGAGGAGGAGGAAGAGGAAGAGGAAGAAGAGGAGGAUGAGGAGGAGUGUACUCCAAUCGCUACGCCUGUGGCAUUUUCCCGGUCCAGAAUCCUUCUCUCUGUGUGCCCACCGCCAGGGCCAGGGCAGCCGAAAGAGUCCAGGUUCAAUGUACCCGGAAAGGAGGAGAGGAAGAAAAUGGGUGCUGGGGAAAAGGAGGGGCAAGAGAAGGGUGUACGGUUUGUCAUCCCAAGCAGGAGGGCUAGGGGGGUUUCAGGAGCCUCUGCUGCUACCGCUGGUGCUGUUUCAGGUGGUGCUGUUUCAGGUGGUGGGAGCAUUAGCAAGCCCAGGCACAGGCAGUGCCAGUCGUUUUCCGGCUUUGACUUUGGCUUGAUUGCGAAUGGACAGACGUUCAAUGUACCUGGACAGGAAGAGAGGGGAAACAAGGGUGGUGGGGCAAAGCAAGGGCAAGAGGGGGGAGCACGGAAAGAGGGGGUGGGACGAGAAGAGGGUGUGCAGGCCAGCAAAGCACGGCUUGCUGUCGCAAGGGGAAACACGGGGGGUUCUGCUGUUGCUGCUGCUGCUCCUGGUGGUGCUGCUGGUGGUGGUGGGGUUUUGGGCGGUGAGGAUUCAGGUGGUGGGGUGUCAGCAGGUGAAAUUUCAGGUGGUGGGAUGUCAGCAGGUGAAAUUUCAGGUGGUGGGGUGUCAGCAGGUGAAAUUUCAGGUGGUCGGGGCAGUGGCAAGCCCAGGCACAGGCAGACCAAAUCGUUUUCCGGCCUUGACUUUGGAUUGAACGAGUGGGAUAUGGGGGAGAGCAGGGAGGGAGGGAGAAGAGAGGGGAUAGCGAGCAGAGGGGGUAGAGAGGAGGGCUCUAGCGGUUGGGCGAGAAGGAACCAAGGAGAGAGAGAGGAGCAAGGGGGUUUGUCACUUAGAGUAGCGAAGCUUGCAGUUGGGGUGAAAGGAAGGGGAGGAGAGAGAAGGGGGGAUGGAGGAAGGAGGGGAGGGGGAGGAGGAGGGGAGCUUCCAAGCUUGCUGUCACCACGAGCAAUGCCGAUUGCUUCUGGGUCGGUGGCGGCAGCAGCAGCAGCAGCAGCAGCAGCAGCAGCAGCAGCAGCAGCAGCAGCAGCAGCAGCAGCAGCAGCAGCAGCAGAGGCACAGGCGUUGGCAGGAGCAUCGGCCUUCUCAGCAAGAGCCUCAACUCCCCACGAGCAGCAGCAGGAGGGGACACAGCGGCACCCAAGUCUCCCCGAGGUGGAGGAGGAGGAGGCGGAGGGUUGUGGAAACGGGGAGAAGCAGCAGCCGCAGCAGCAGCAGCAGCAGCACGGGAAGGAGCAGGGGGAGCGGCAGGGGGAGCAGCAGGGGGAGCAGCAGGGGGAUCAGCAGAGGGAGCAGCAGGAUGGGACUCAGGUGUACCCAACAGUUUCUCACCUGCUGCAAUCGUCUGGCCUCGGCGCGUGGCUCUCUCCCGGAGCUAGCCCUGCUGGUUCGGCCACCCACACACCUGCUGACUCAGCAGCACACACCCCUGCUGGUUCGGAUGAUGACAGCAGCCCUCGCAAGCAGAGACCUGCUAGGCUUCGCCGGAUGGGAGAUCAGCAGCAGCAGGGGCAGCGGCAGCAGAAGCAGCAGCAGGGGCAGCAGCAGCAGCAGCAGCAGCAGCAGCAGCAGCAGCAGCAGCAGCAGCAGGGAGAGCAGGUACAGGGAAGAGUAGGCGGAGCAGAUCAGAGGGUGCUGUGUUCUGGACGAGUGGGAUCAGAAGGAGCGAGAGGUCGGGCACGGGUGGCCCGGCCGAACCUGGAGAGCGUGCAGGCGUCGUGGGUGCAUGAGGAUCCCGAGGAUGACUCUGAGUAUGCUGGGUGGGGUGCCACUCCCAAGGAAGGGAAGGCAGCAGAAGCGGGGUUUUGA